GAUUUGCCCCUGCCUCGCCUACACACCAAUAACAACACACACUAUGAGAACAAUGUUGCCUUCACCACCAAGGAUAACUGCACAUCAAGUCCUGACCUAAUCCAACUCAGCGACUCUGAUUGUAAUACGUCACAGCAGAUGGUUGAUGGUGGCUACCGGAUGAUGGAGAGUGAAGAUGGGGAGGGAGGGGAUGAGCGGAUGAGUGACCCCUCAGGCAGGAUGGUGUCCCACUCCACCUCUGUGUCCUCACCCGCCUCCGACUCACCCACACCCACCAACAGCGUGCAUGAGAAGACCUGGAACCAGACACACACACAUUGGCAUGGCUUGAUCAACGAUGAGCACCGCCAACUGCUGGGGACAGAGGAGGACUCGUCAGAGGGGCGGUCGUCCGGGGAGGAGGAGUACAAUGUGUGGAGCAUCACAGAGGAACAGCGCCACUACUACACAGAACAGUUUCGCUCUAUGCAGCCGGACCUCACCGCCCUCCUGUCCGGCAGCGUAGCCAAGGAGUUCUUCGAGAAGUCUAAGCUGCCAGUCAAUGAGCUCAGUAAGAUCUGGCAACUCUCGGAUGUGACAAGAGACGGCUCUCUGUCCCUGCAGGAGUUCUUCACUGCCAUGCAUCUUGUGGUGCUGCGACGGAACAACAUUGAGCUGCCUGAGACACUGCCGCCCUCACUCUACCCUGAGCUGCUGAGGAAAAGUAGCAGCAGUGGUGUGGAGGGCGGCAACUCUGGUGCCUCCGGGAACUCCUCAGUGGGGCCAGGCGGGACGGCAGUGACGGAGGGGGAGGCAGGGGGCACCAAGGCAACCCCCGACCCCCUCUCCCCCUCCAGGAACAAAGAGUGGACUAAGUUUGUGGACUCCCCAACAAGCACACUCUCCUCUCCAGGACUGAAGCCUGUUAACUUUGACUUCCAGAAAUCAGUGCUGGAACAGGAUCCCAAAAUCCUUCACCCCAAGGCUGUCAGACUCACACCAGAGUCCAAAAGGCUGGAGGUGGCAGAUGUGGAGGGCCCAGCGUCCUUUAGCCCUGAGUCAGCCAUCACCUCUGACCUCACCUCCAGCGCCCCAGCUCCUGCCUCGGGAGACCUGCAGCCUACCUCUGGUGCUGCCCCGACAGGUCCUGCGACAUCCCAGGGGAGCCCCAAGAAGACACAGGAGGGACAGGACAUCAAGCCCAUACAGAGACCAUUGCCCAGAAAACCCACUGGUUCUACAACAGGAGUGCUGCCACCUCCCCCACAGUCUGCUGUCACCACCCCUCCUGAUGAUGCUGGGAUGUUUGGCCCCAUCAGCUUGCCCAGCCUUCCCUCAGGACCCCUACCAGCUGGCACCAAGAAGGAGGCCCCACCACCACCCCCGCCUCGCCCUGCCCGCACCCACACCCGCUCCUCCUCCCUCGACCUCAAUAAAUUUAGUCGGAGUAGUUUCCUUGGUGCCCCUCCUGCUGUGCCUCCCCGGGCCUCUCCUGGAGCAACAUCACCCAAGAAGCUCAUCUACCAGAGGAGUGACGGAGACAUCGGGGUGGAGGGGGGUGGAGGCAGCCAGGGUGGGGAUGCCAUCUUCCCCCUUGACACCAGGCCACCCAUGGAGCGAGCAAGAACAUCAGCCUUUGAGGUGUACCGGAAGCCACACCAAGAAUUUGGUUCAGCUUUUGAGCGAGUGAGUGGCCAGAGGGGUGGGGAUGAGGAGGAGAGGUCCCGGCACUUGUCCACUGGAGCGAGACCCAAGGACAAGCGUGAGCUCCAAGCCUCCAUCAGGAGCACCACAGAGAAGAACACGAUCCUCACCAGGUUAAAUUCUGAAUUGAACCAGGAGCUGGCUGAAGUGAUGGAGGAAAGAAUUGCAUUGGAGAUGCAGUUGGAACAGAUGAAGCCGUUCUCAAGUUAGUCCCCAUCUGUGCCAUACUGUCCGGGGCCUCACCUUGUCCAGUGAAAGCCUCUUCUCCCUCGCUUUCCUGUGAUCUGACUGAGGGAGAAAGGCAGGCUGAGGGAGGGAAGGAAAGUAGUGGUGGUGAUUCUGACUCAGAGUUGUUCAGGUUCUCCCUCCUCUUUUUCCUUCUUUGUUUUGUUUAUUUUAAGUCUUGUUUUUCUGCUUCCAGAGGUAUCACAUUUUGUUUGUGGUGUUGGCUUUGUGAACUGGCUUUGUUCUCAUCCUUCUCAGUUUUGCUUCCUAUAUUGGCAUUUUCCCAGUUCUCUCUUUUGUUUGUAUCACAAGACUGUUCAUUGUUACUGUACCACUUCUCACCAAACCCUCUGACAUCGUACUUGUGCUGCUGUUUCCUCCCACUUUUCCAUGGUGUUUUCUUACAUUCCAUCAUCUUCACAUUACAUUAAUCUUUUCUGUCAAGUUUCUGUUGGUGGCAUUUCACUCCCAAUCUUUGUUUUUUUAAUACUUUUUUUGUUUUUAUUUACUUUAUCAGGUCCACACCACGGGCAUUUCAGUGCAUAUUUGAUGUUUUAUUUAAUUCCCUCAGCAUUCUAGUUUCUUUCUUACCUGAACUGUUCAUGUCAGACACACAGCACAUUAUUAUGCAAAGGAAGAAUGACUUUGUACAUAGCCUAGUGCUUAAGGAGCAGGACCAUUACUCCUGUACAGACUGCUCGGUAUUGCAUGAUGCCCACGGUGGCUGCUGCUGUGGGUCUUGGCCUGCCUGACAGAAGCAGGUGAGGAUGGCCAUACCAUCCUUCUCUGGGGUUUGAGAUCUCAAAGACUUGCUAAUGAACAAUUUCCUGUGAUUACAAAAUCUUGAACGUGUUGUGGAAACCUUUACCAGUGUUGUAGAACUGAGGAAAGUCUUGUCUUGAAGUUGUGCUUGGUGCAGAUACUACUGGGAGUACAAACUUGAGUGUGUGCUAGGCUGAGAGGCUCAGAAAUACUGCAACUUAUGGAUGGAGCAUUGGUUCAAUUGCUCACAGAUGUCUGGAGGAGGAGUUUGUGUGAGCUCAGUACGUGUCGAGUUUUUGUAGUGGCUUGCCGUACUCACAUGAUUCGUGGUGGCUUUUGAUAAUGGCUUUACAGAAUCUGGGCAUUAUCCUAUUGCUCCUAAACAUUUCACAAAAACUAUACCAUAUUGGUACAUGGAUCACCUGAGGGAGUUUGAUGCUUCGUGAAAAAGGUUUGCAUCAGUGUAUGUGUGUGUGUGUGUGUAAUAGAAAAAGUGUUCUUUUGGAAAUAAGAGACUUGACUUGUUUGGUGGGGGAUGUAAAAGUUGCUGUUCUGAGUGUGACUUGAGGCUGUUCUUAUGGGAGAUGUUUGUCCCUCAUGCAUUGACAUUAUCACUGACUUCCACUAUCACUCUUGUUACAGUUAGUCUUUUAUGCUGUAUAUUUAGGGAGUUAUUGUAGGUCAUGAAGAGGAUUUGUUGGUGUUUUGUGACCAGGAGGAGAUUGUAAAAGAAUAUUGAGUCUGUUGAGUUGAGGAAUGAUCAGAGUUUAUUGUUGAUUUAGUGAGAAGAUAACAGUGGUAAUAUAUUUAGUGAGAAGAUAACAGUGGUAAUAUAAGUUGUUAGUUCAAAGACUGCUGGAAAAAAUAAGAAAAAGAAAAACAGCAUACAUGUAAGACUGGUGAUAUGUACCCUUUAAGAAUUAUUGAAAUCUCAUCUGAAAUCAUAUUUGUAGAAACAAGUGUUCAUGAAUGUCUUGCAGAAAAUUGUGUACAAAUGAAUGGUAAUGAGAAAAAGAGAAGUAAUUAGUUGGUUUUAAAGAAAGGAUAGAGAUAAGUAAUUGAUCAACACAAGGAAGGCAAAUGAAGACCAAGGGAGAUUUGAAGGUGUAGCAGGAGACAUGAGACUGUAUGUCAUGAGCAAAUCUCACUUAUUGUAGGCAUAGGUAGUAGUUGUAGCAAAAUGAAUGUGAAUUUUUUUAAGAAGGCUGUGAUAACCCUUGGACAUAUGCCUCUGUAAUUUGUCUCUUGAUCCACUUAGAAGCAGCCAGUGUAGCCCAAAGGAAGCACAGAUUAAGGAAAACACAUCAUGCAGUAAAGUGUUAUCUAAUGGUCUUUCAUAAGGUGGAAGUUAAGCCUGUCUGUGCACAUCAGCAUAGAGGCCCCUUGUGCAGAGAACCAGCCAUGUAUACUUGAUUUUCCAAAGAAGCUGUGCUCAAGCUAGUGUAAUGAGAAACUGAAGGAAAUUAUAUGGAGUUGGUGCAUCUCAGGUUAAGUUUGCUGCUGUAGAAAAAUGGAUUCCAGUUGAUGUAAUCCAUCAAAAAAGGAGUUUUCCCUGGAAGUGUUCUCCAACUUCCUUCAAAGAUUGACUCAAGAUUUUACAUCCUCCUUGGAGUGCUAUGCUUUUCUCUGUCUUGCUGGCUGCUUUCCACACAAGCUGCCCUGCACCUUCCCUCUUGGGCCAGGAAGACAUCCUUGCUACUGAAGGAGUAAAGUCUCCCAAGCUUUAGGCAUAGCAGGAUCUGCUGAGGUCACUGCAAGUCCUGUCUUUGUUGUUAGCUUUGCAGCAACCUCCCUGCAGGCUGUGCUUAAGGGGGCUUUUGGAGAGUAAGAGAAUGCCUUCUCAUCCUCCCAGACUUGCUUUGGGAUCUUAAGACUGAGGAAAUAUUUUUGGGGAGUAUUUUCAAGUGCAAAAUCUCUUGAUAGGUACCUCUAUGUUUUUUACUGCCCAUACAUCAUUGUUGCCACUGACUGUGAUUCCGAAAUGCAUCCCCAUAAAUGAAUCCUCUGUACUGAAUCCCAAGGGCAUUGUUUAGACAUUUUUUUUUUUGUGAUAUAUGAUGAAGCACCAAAAGGAAUGAGUGUGGGACGCAGGAAGUGUUGAGUGGCUGUUCUGUUGAGAGGAAACUGAACAAAUUUGGCUGAAUCAAGUGGCUUCCUUCUUUUGUGCAUGUAGAGUGCAUCCGUGAUCCUUAAGUGCUUGCUUCCUUGCUGUGCUGAUGAAACUGUUGCAAGUUACAGCCAAAGACAUUCAACAGCAGUACAUUGUCAGCAGAUAAAUUCCAAUAUUCACAAGACACUUGUCAGUCCUAAUUUUCUACAUGCGUAUUCCAUGACAGCCGCACUUAUCUGGAAUGCACUGUUAUGCACUGCUGAGGAAAUGAUAAGUUAAGAAUUCUCUCCUAGUGCUUUAUGAUGCAUCACUCAGCAUGUCAGCAUUUGGCGUGGUGUCUGUGUGAUUGUUGCAUUGUGAUAUUUAGCUGAGGGAGUGUUGCAGUGUUUUGGGUCGCUUGUGUACAUGCAAAGUGAGGCAUUGGGAGACUCGUUUUCCUGCGGGAUGCAAGUAGUAUGUACUAGCACACCAGGUCUAAGUCUUUAAUUGUCACCAAAUUGUGCAUAAUUAUGAUACUGUUAGUUUGGGGGGAUAAAGUCAACAUCCUGAUUAUUUGUAUCAAAAUUCCACUGCAAUCAAAACCCCGGAUUCCUUCACUAGCAAUGUGCUGUUUUGAUGAGCCAUGUCUGCUUUCCCUGAGACCUGAGCACUGACACCCAGUGCUCCGGUGAGUGUGAGGCAAAAACAAUUCUGUGAUAACCAAGGACAAAAGAUGUUAUUCCAUUGUCUGUUUGCCUUUCACUGCAAGUAUUGUUGUAUCUCCCUCUCUGAAAACUUGUAUAGAAAUAUUUAAUGUAGAAUUGGAUUUAUAUACAUAGAUAUAUGCAUAUAUAUAUAUAUAAAUAUAUAUAGUGUAUGUAUGUGCAGGUGUGUGUGUGUGUGUGUGUGUGUGUGUGUGUGUGUGUGUGUGUGUGUGAGAGUGCACAUUUUAACUAUCAUUACCUAGGCUUGUUUCAUCUCAUUUAGGAUGGUAAGGUGUACUAAGAAUCUGUGUUGGCAUUGUGGAGACGUGUCAAGUAAUGGAUGUCCAAGUAGAUUAGAGUAAUGAUUGGAGUGUUUGGAAUGUUUGGUCUCAGUGUUACUAGAAACAGUAAAGUAACCUUUUCCCCACAGGGACAAAACAUGCACAGCAGGAUACCAUUUGAACACAUUCACCAGCUUACUGAAUUUUAUUUGCUUGUGUUGUCUGUUAUAUUUUGGAUUAUUUUGCAAAGUUGACCUUGUUGUAUUGAAUCAAAGUGUGUGUGCCACAUUGUGAUGAUUCAAGGAGUGCCAUUCCAUUAAGUUACUGAGCCAGUGAUGAGCAUGUUUUGUAGUCCACGAGAUGCUUUGGGUACCUCAGCCCCAAUACAACUAAGAUUAUAUUAGCAUAAUGUUAGGGAUAUUUUUUUAUGGGAAGAAAUGCAUCUUGUGGGCCACAAAAUUUUGUAAAACUUAGGCUUUCAGGGACCUGUAUUUUUUUCCUGUGAAGAGUUUGUUAGAAUGGAUAUUUACUGUGCCAUGCCAGAAGCAACAUGUGUCAGUUUGUGUUGUGAGCCUGGCAGGUCUUGCUUGACUGGUCUGGGUUAUAUUUUUUUGCUGGAAAAAAAAAAAAAAAAAAGAGAUUAGACACUACAGUGGGCGCUUAAAAUACUUGUACCCGCAUAAAAAAGAAACUUGUGACAUAUCAUAAAAUUAAACAACAAAAUAAUAGGUUAAAUUAAAGUAACACUCACCCUAUUACCCUGUCAUCUCCCCUCGGCCUUUGGCACAGUCUGGAUCCGUUGUGGCAUGCUCUCACACAGGCUCCUGAAGUAAUCCAAAGUCAUAUCAUGGCAUCAGACAUGUGUGAUGACUUCUGCAGCUGCAUUACCAAUGACACCUGUGCAUCCCUCAUCUCCUUCAGGACUAUCUACGCUUUCUCAUUUAUAUUUAAAUCCGGACUGUUGCCUGGCCACUUUGUGAUGGGGAUAUUCUCAUCAUUGAGGAAAUCUUUUUAGAGGCGUGACAUGGUGAUGCCAUGAAUGGCAUAAGAGUUGAUCAUGUGUUCCUUCAGAACUUGGAUGUAGCAAUCCCCAUUUAUGGUCACAUUCUUAGGCAAGAAGUAGAGUCCAUCCCUCCCCACAUUCCCACUGAAGCAACCCGAGAUCAUUAUGGAAGCACUGUGCUUCAGUUUUAAUGGUGCACCUGGGGCUGUAGUGAUUACGUCUGAUGGGGGUGCCUUACAGUCUGUGGGAUGUCUCAACUUGGAAACUGGUCUUAUCAGACCAGAGGAACUUCUGCAAUUCUGCCACUGACCAAUUCUUGUGCUCUUCAGCAAAAGCAAGACACUUAUGCUGCGACUCAUUAUGCCAAGGUGAUGCUUGAGGCGGUGUUAGGUGUGAAUAGCGACGUCUUUAAGGAGCAUGUGGUAGGGUUUCUCAAGAUUCUUUGCAGUCAGCCUAGGUAGGGUUCUUGUUUACAGCUGGCUUGAGAAUGUGGUCAGUGAGUGGUGUUGUCUUCCUUGACCUUCCAGGAUGUUUUUAUUUUUUAUUUUGGGGUAUGAUGUUAGGUGCAGCAAGUAGAUGCAUGGUGAUGGACUUCCCUCUCCCUGUCCACCUGACUGUUUCUUUAAUUGGCAUCUUUUUCUCCUGUAGAGCAAGAGAAUGGGCUUUUUUGACAUUGGUCAGGUGCUUGGGAUCCAUCUUGACCUGCUGGGUUGGGUCCAAACAGUAACAGAGAAGGGGGCAAGAGGGGGUGGUGACUGCAUAAAAUUCCUUGUAGCAUGCAUACAUAGAUGGGCACUGACAUGCUACUAAGUGACUCAAGUACUCAGCAAGGGUUUCUGAGUUGCCAGAUAACACUAAGUGACGUCAUAUCAGGUUAUAUAAAUUUUGGUGUAAUAAAAACAACAACAUUUGCCUCCCUGAACAAGGGUAGCUCUCAGUAUUUCCUGCGCUCAUUGUAUGUAUCUAAUAAGAGUGAUUGUAAACUUUGGACAUUGUGGAGAAAGUUGAAAUUUUUUUAAUCAAUUUUGUUUAUGUUGGCAUGCUAAUAAUGUGAGGCAUGGGACAGGGAACAGUUCUUGAAGGAGUCACCCUAAACAUGAAAUGAAUACUCCAUAUAUUUCAUUGGCACCAUAUGAACACACUGUUGCAGCACCAUAAAUCAAAUCAGUCAUAUAUUUCAUCUUUCACUUCAAGAGAAUAUUUCCCAUCUUUAUCUGGUGAGCUGUUCCAAAGCACCAUGACAGCAGAAAGUUCCUGUUUUAACUUUAAUUUUAUUAAUGUCAGUUUGGCUGUAAUGUCAGUUUGGCUGUAAAGUGAGGCAAUAUCUAGAAUUCCUCAGUUUGGAACACAUGAAUCCUUUGUAACUUAACCUUACCAACCUAACCUAACUUGUUAAUCCCAGCGGUUAGAAUUGAGAAUGAGUCCCCACUCAGGAGUUACUAUUGCAUGGUAAUUGACUGGGACACUGUUUCCUUUCAAUAGUAAUGAAAACAAUUGUGUUCAUGAAUUAGCUAUUGGGUAUUGAAAGGGAUUAAUUAUAAUGGAGGGCAACCUUUUGAAUCAGAUGUGUUAUACGUGUGUGUGUGUGUGUGUGUGUGUGUGUGUGUGUGUGUGUGUGUGUGUGUGUGUGUGUGUGUGUGUGUGUGCUUGUUUAGUUCAUUUAAGGGAUCUGAUUCACUAGAAUAAUAUUUCUUCCCUAGGAGUAAAGGAGGAUAGGGAUUGUUGAAGGGUAUGGAAAUAAUUAAUAACCUACUAUAUGGAUAUGCAGGUGAAGAGUAUAGUUCCCUGCACCUUCAUGUGCAUCACUAAGUGUUUCCAGUGUGUGAAUCGCCUGCUAUGAGCCACACCACCUGAUCAGAUUUGUAUCCGACACACAUCCCAGUCAGUACGAGCGUGAUGGAAGGACUGGCAAGAUUUGUUUUGGAUACGAGUUGAAGCAAGUGGAGCAGUUCACAGUAGGCGUUUCACACACUGGCAAUGCCAAGAUGAAUGCAGAUGUGGAGGGGAUUAUACAAGAUAAAAUAAAAAAUGUCUUCAGUUUAGUAUUCUCAAUAUGUUCUCAUCAAUCAUGACUAUUUUGACAGGCCACAGAUAUGAUUAGUUGGGUUCUCAGGGGUGUUUUUUCCUCAUUAAUGAUACAGAAUACUUGAUAAAGUCAUUGAUAAACUAUCACUACAAUUAGGAAAACAUCCUUGAAGAUACAAUAACAUUCAGCAAGGUCUAGAAAUUUGUCAGAAUGAGAGACAGAAACAUUUGAGAACACAUUACUUGGGCUCAGACAGUUUUAUCACUAACAGGUAUUUGCUUUCAUCCACAUUCACUAAAUAGUUGAGGAGAAUGGCAUCACUACAGAUUCAUUUAUGACAGAAUCAAUGAACUGGUGCAUCCUUCCAGCAUCCCCCUCACUCCAUUCAUUCAGCUUGGCUCAGUUGGCAGUCUGAUUACACCUCCCCAUGCACCUGCCAGCCAAUAGUGAGGGACAAGUGUUGUGUCAGCCUUAAUACUCCCAGGCACAUGGGGAAGAGGGUACAACAGCCUGCCACUAUAACUAGCAAACAAGUUAAAGUUUUCCUUCCUUUGCGUUCAUCCCAAGCUGCUGCUGCUCCCUCAUUGUGUCAUGCUGCCCCGACAAUGUGAUAUGUUCUAUUUAUUUCCUCUGUACAGUACUUAAAAACAUGCCGCAUACAUAUUCCCUCAUGCAUAUCAGUGGCAGCAGAAGGUCUUGUGUAACAGCCUCUAGCAGUGGUACGUACACUCACCUUCCAACUGCUGUCGUGGGUAAAAUGAAUCCCCUGUUGAUGGCUCCCAUUUCAUCACAUCCCUAGAGGCAGUGAGCAAGAAGCUGCCUUGUGAAGAUGCAUUGUAGGUCUUGAAUCAGGGAUGUACACUCACUGAAGUUAAUUUUACUUCACAAAAUUCAUGAUAAAGUAUGUAAGGAGAAAAAAAAGUAGAAAUUAGUAUGAACCAGGGGAUCAUGUUACUCUGAGGCCCCCUGAUGUUGUUGUUGUGUACAUAACGAGCAGGCGUUGAGGCAGCGGGGCAUUUUCCUGCAGGUGUGGCAAACAUGUAUAUUAUUCCAUUUUUCUGGUUUUGUUCUAGGAGGCAUGAAUAUGUAAAUGUAUAUAUGUAUGUUAGUUAAUGAUGGUAUCAGAGCUUGAAUUUUUACUCAUAUUUAUUGGUAGUCAUAAUACUUCAGGUCUCUCUGGAUAGAAAAUUAUAGGAUUUGUCAAGGUGGUCUGGAAGAGAGACAAACAAUGAAGUCUGUUUAGGUAUUUGUAAAAUAAAGUUUAUGACUUCCAGCUCUUGUUUACAAACUCUACUAAAAUUUUAUACCUGAACAAAGACAAACUGGAAGAAAUUGUAAAACUGGAUUUAUAUAAAGUCAUAAUAUUUGUAUUUAGCAUAUGAAGAUUUGAAUUUCAUAAAACAUUUAAUCUGA